CGUUGCGGUGAAAUAGCGGGGCGGGACUCGGGUCGUCCACCAAGCUGUUGCAAAACUUCGGAUCCGCAGCCUGCGGUCGAUUGACAGAAAAGAGACAAAAGAACAGGAAGACGCGUUCCAGCGCAUACUGUGAUCAUGGCUGACGAAGCGGCCGUUGUGGAGGAAGACAUCAGCCCAGCUCAGAGUCCUCUGGUGACACUCAGCUUCCAGAGAAACGACACCAGGAAACAGAAGUAUCUGGAGGCUGAGCCCAAAGCUCUGGGGAUCACUCAGAUGGGCCUCAGUCUGUAUAACAUCAUCUGCGCAAGUGUGUUCCUGGCCAAAGGUAUUACUCAUCUAGAGCAUCAGAUCCCAUUCUUCGUUUCAUCGCUGCUCGUGGUGAUCGCUGGGAGUGUGGCUGUAGUGGCACUGAACCUCCAUCUGCCAACGCUGAAAGCCUGUCUUGGGAUGCAGAUUGUGGCAUGCAUUGCCUCCAUUGUCAACAUGUUCAUUGCUGAGAUUAAAAUGGAGGUCGAGACCUAUUCCUGUUGGAAUCACUAUAAUGACACAGUUGAUAGUGAAGAUUUCUGCAAUCAGUUGAGGCUCAAAGCCUGUCUUGGGAUGCAGAUUGUGGCAUGUGGUGCCUCCAUUGUCAACAUGGUCUGUGCUCUGAUUAAAAUGGAGGUGGAGACCUAUUCCUGUUGGCGGAAUUAUCAUCCUUAUAAUGACACAUUUAAUGGUGACGAUUUGUGCUAUGAAGUGAGGAAAGUCCACCUGCAAUUUUAUGCUGAGAGUGCCCUUGUCCAGGUUGCUCUGUUUGCCAUCUCUGUCACUCUGGCUGUCUACUGCUGCAAAGUGGUCAACUGCUGUGCUCCAGCUCCAAAAAUGCCGGUGAUCACUGUACAAGCUUCCCCAACACAACAGUGAGGAGACAGUGGGACACAAGCCACACAGAAAUGGUGCAGUGUUACUGGCACUGAUCAAUAUUUUCUAAUAUUAUUAGACAUUUGUGUAACUUGAACUGUGCCACUUCUAAUGAUGUUCAUGGCAGUUGCAUGUUGCGUGGCAGCCCAGUGCUCCCCCAGGGGUUGGGUUACAUGCAGAGGACCGAUUUCAUUGUGACAUUGUAACAGAUGUAAUGAUGAAAAACAAAAGCUUUCUUCUUCUUCUAUUAGAUGCAGCUUUAGAUCAAAUGUCUUUGAUAUAACUUUCAUGUUGCAUGACACAUAUUCAUAGUCUGUUCUAAUCAAUUAAGAGAUGAUUGAUAAACAGCUGAAGUUACUGUCAAUACAAGUAUGUAUGACAGAAUAUUAUUCUAUUUUUAUAUAUUAUAAAACAAACAUUAUUCUACCAUAAACUAAUAAUUUUAAUAACUUUGUUUCAUUUGUUCAUUGGGUUCUUUAUGUCUGUCUUAAAUGCAAAAUCUGACAGCUACCAGUUAUGCUAUUCAGUGGCACCAAAAAGCUUAACUGCAAUGUCAGCAACAAAAACACGACAAAAUAACAUAUUAAAAAUGACCAUAAUUAUUAAUGUAAUUAAUAAACCAAAAGUAAAUGAACACUCAGCAUCUCUAUGCACCGGCCAGAGCCAAAACAAGCAACCCCCUUUAUUUUAUAAGUAUUGUAACAUCACCCAUCUGCUUCUACACCCGCACUUCUCUGUGCUUAUCUGAUUCCAUCAUCUAAACUCAACUCACGCGUGCAGCUAAAAAGCACAACAAGCACCAAAACAGUCACUCUGUCGACAGAGAAGCUGCCGAGAAGCAAGUGGAUG